CGCGCUGUCGCCGCGGCGGACGGUCGCGUUUUGCAACAAAAUAAAAUUAAUUAAAUCGGCUAUUUCACGCGUUAAUGCAAGCCGAUUUGCGUCUGUUAAUUGAAUUUUCGUUCAUUAUAAUUUAUUACAACAUUUUCCUUUGUAAAAUAGUGGAUGGAUUGUUGAGUAAAUUGUUGGAAUCUUUAUCAAGUUUGUGGGAUCUAGAACUUGAUGAUGACCAGUGAUAUUUUGUGAUAGCUUUUUUAAUGUAAUUUAUUGUUUAUUUAUUCAAUCUGUGAUAAUAUAAAGUGAUAGUGAUAAUGGAGCAGCAAACAGGAGUUAUUACUAUACAUCAAAUGCGCCUGCAUCGCUGUGAGGGCUGCCUCGCCGCGUGCGGGGCGGAGCGCCGCGGCUCACCCGCCGUACCCUACCCUGUAGUCAGGAACACAUUCCUCAAACGCGCCCGUCGCCAACCCUACCCCGCCAUGAGCAAGGAGAAGUCCUUGCCCAGGAUGGCCGAGAACCCGCCCACGCCUCCCACGCCCCCAGACAACGACGCACCACCAAUGCCGUGGUUCGGUAUGGACAUCGGCGGCACGCUGACUAAGCUGGUGUACUUCGAGCCGCGCGAGAGCAACCGCCGCGAGCUGGACAAGGAGACAGAGGUGCUCAAGAAUAUCCGCCGGUACCUCACCAGGAACUCCGCCUACGGGAAGACCGGUCACAGGGACGGACACUUACAGAUGGACAACGUGACGAUCCGCGGCCGGCGCGGCACGCUCCACUUCAUCAGGUUCCCGACGUCCGAGGUGGGCGCGUUCCUGCAGCUGGCGCGCUCCAAGGGCAUGGCGGACCUCGUCAACACCAUCUACGCCACCGGCGGCGGCGCGUACAAGUUCGAGGAGGACUUCAUCAAGGAAGUGAACAUGCGGCUCUCGAAGCUGGACGAGUUCAACGCCCUGAUCGCGGGGCUGCUGUUCGUGGACUGCAUGAAUGCGCACGAGUGCUACUACUGGGCGCCGCCGCUGGAGCAGCCCGUACACAAACAGCCCAGCGACACGCCCCCGUACUCCCAGACAGCUCUGAGCGCGUACGUCCGCAAGCCGUUCGACUUCUCGAACCCCUUCCCGUUCCUGCUGGUGAACAUCGGCAGCGGCGUGUCAGUGCUGGUGGUCAACGCGCCCAAUGACUUCUACAGGGUGAGCGGUACCAGUUUGGGCGGCGGCACAUUCCUCGGGCUGUGUUGUCUUCUGACCGGCUGUAGCAGUUUCGAGGAAGCCAUAGCCCUCGCGCAAGCCGGAGACAACACGACCGUGGACAAGCUGGUGCGAGAUAUCUACGGUGGGGACUACGCCCGCUUCGGGCUGCCCGGCGACCUGGUCGCCAGCAGCUUCGGCCAGAUGUGCACGGCGGAGCGGCGCGCGAAGGUGUCCCGCGAGGACUUGGCGCGAGCCACCCUCGUCACCAUCACCAACAACAUCGGCUCCAUCGCGCGCCUCUGCGCCUCCAACGAGAACAUCGAGCGGGUUGUGUUUUGCGGCAACUUCCUGCGCGUGAACCCGCUGUCGAUGAAGCUGCUGUCGUAUGCCAUGUCGUACUGGUCGCGCGGCGCGCUCAAGGCGCUGUUCUUAGAACAUGAAGGCUACUUCGGCGCAGUCGGCUGCCUCCUCCACUUGGACAGCAGGAACCACAACAAGGAGAACCUCUCCCGACACAGCACGCCGCCCAGACAGCCGCGGAACCCGCCCAGCACACACAACCACGCCGACAGAUGAGCGACCCGGUAUAUAUAUUCUAUAUACUAUACUACCUAGAUAGUCAUAAGACCGAAUGCCCUUUAAAACCCAAACCCCUUAUCUAUUGUGUAUGGUAAUCACGGCCACAAGAGGUUAUAGCGUAGCGCAGUUCUCAUUAACAGCUUUUUAUAAGACCAGGCAAAAUAAAAGUGGUACACGUAGUAACAACGUCAGUUAUUUAUUCAGCAUUUGCACUGUACAACUUGGUACUUCAACGUUCAAAUACACAGUAUUCAUUUGUGAAUAAUAUUUUAAAAUAAAUCCUAAUUUUAUAAAAUUCUAACAUUAUUCUUGUAGAAUGUGACAUUGUGACUGAAGUAGGGGUCGCGGCAAGCGAUAUAAUUUAUUUUUAUAUUCUAUUAUUAUUAUAAAGUUGACUUGCGCCUUCAGGGAAACUAUACAUGAGAGUUGCCUUUGUACAGUCAUGAGCAAUAAUCAUGUACCCGCUUUAGAACCCUGUCGCACUAUCACAUUUGACAUUUAAUGACGCUUACGGUUUAAUUUGUCAGAAAAGUUAAUGUGACAUGGUUGCAAAGUGUAUACAUAUUAGUACUCGUGACCGUACUACAUUUUUUUCUACCACUUUUUGGGUGAGGUAUACUUAGUCAUGAGCAAUAUAAUGUACCCACUUUAGGACUCUGUCGCACUAACAUAUUGGACAUUUAGUGAGACUUACAGUUCAAUUUGACAAGAAAGUGAAUGUGACAUGGUACCAAAGUGUAUACAUAUUAAUGCUCGUGACCGUACGCGUACAGCACACUUCUUUUUUUUUAAAUAAACAAAGCACGCGUUUGACUACAAUCUCACCUGAUGGUAAUUGACGAUGUGGUCUAGGAUGGAUCACGCUUAGCAAAUGCCUAUUCACUCUAGCCUUGAGACUAUUUUUUUUUUAAUCUUAUUUAAAGAGCUUAGUCAUUACUGACUAUGUCGCUCUGUAACAAGUAGUAACAACUACAUACAGAAAAAGAUAGCAGGUUGAGCCUAGAACGCCGAUAAAUUAUCGCAGUUUUAAACCCACCCUAACUAAUCGAUAUAGUGCUUUAGCUUCCCGGGACAAAAUUGAGACUAUAAUCUUAUAACGAGUUGGAAACAUAGCCGACGGCAGGCAGUCACACUUGUAAGAAAAAAACAACGUGUCAAAUUAACGUAGAUAAUAAAACACAAACCAUUUGUUCGUGUAUUUUGGCAGAGCGUAACGCGUGUGCUUGGCAACUCCCUUUUAUAAUUUCUCUUGAGUUGGCGCCGCCAAUUUAGUUGACAUGGGUUUUGGGUAAAAUAGCGAACCUCUUUUUUUAAUUUAAUAAUUUGACACCGACACCAAUACGUGUUGAAAAUAUUAAUGUGACACGUCGCAAAACGUCAGUCUGACACAAAUAUUUAUAUAUAUAUGACACGGAUAUUCGCCACAGAUCGAAUGCAUAAUAUUAUUUUAAUCAUUAUCCACUUUUUAUUAGAUUUUAAAAUCAUUCCUAUAAAAUACGCGACGCCGUAAGUUUUAAUGUAAGAUAUUGCAAAUUAAAAAGAAAAUCAUUAUUCCCUUUUUGAAAUUGUAAAUAAAAAACGCGAUCGAAGAAAAAAUGCUUUUAUUUUUUUAUAAUAUAUGAAUUCACUAAAGUGAAACGCUUGUUUUUUUUUAUAGUUACAACAUUUUUUCUUCAAUGGCUUUAUGUUAGAAAGAAUCGAAGAUCAUGAAAACAUUUUAAAUUAUUGUUAUUAAAUAUUAUUUGUUGCACAAAUAUUAGGCUAGUAUUUUUUUUAGGAAUAUUUAGAUAUAGAAAUACUAGGUCUCUGGAAUUAUCAAAAUUGCAUACAAUAUGGUUAAACUUUGACACGUCGGGUAGCGGACAUGACGUGACAUUUUGAAAUGUCAAUUUUGCUGGAGCGGUGCUCUUGUGGAGAAUAUGGGGACCUAAACCAUACAGGGUGUUGGUGAAAUCGUAGCGACUACUAAGGGCGAUGAUUCAAACCAUGAUUCUGAGUUGAUAUCAAGUGGAAUUUCCAGUCGGAAAAUUCAUGAUUUUUUUAAAAUUAUUUUCAAUUCCGUUACGUUUUUUCUAUGAGGUCACAGGUUGCUUUCAGGAAAUCUUAUAGAUGAUGUGUGGCCCCUUCGAUCCUUGCCACAUAAAUCUUAUAGACUAUACCAGAUAUCGAUGU